AUAACUACAGUCAUCAAACGUUUUAUCUUCUACGAGGACCUUUAGUUUUUUAAGCGGUCUAAGGCAAAGAUCGUGUGGCUGUGCUGAGCUUCCUUAAUGCUACCCCUCUGGUCUCCAGCAGAUCGCGUUUCUGUUUCUGAUGCGUGAUUGGAAAGAUAUACGCUCUCGUUGUAAACAAAGAACGUGUACUCGUGCUGACUGACGGGAGUAACAUGCCGGAAAGAGGAGGUCAGUGAGCCCACUGUCUCUACUAGUCCUAGUCCAGUUAUAAAAUCGGCACGUUUGCCUCCUUCUCCCCUGGUGGAUCUUUAAUUCGGGUUACUCAGAGAGGGAUCCACAGCAAAAGAAGGGAAAGCAUCAAACAAAACAAUAACCAACCAGUUCCAGAAGAACAAGUUGUGAACCGGAUGGAAAAGACUUUUACCACUAUGAAGCAGCCCAGAAGACGCCAGAGCAUUGACAGUGGAGACAAAAGCUUCACAUGCGAUCAGUGUGGAAAGUCUUUCACUUCCAAAGGUAACUUAAAAAGACAUCAGGGCAUCCACACUGGAUUUAAACCAUUCAGCUGUGAUCAGUGUGGAAAGACCUUUACUCAGAAUGGUCACUUAAAACAACAUCAGCUCAUCCACACUGGAUUUAAACCAUUCAGCUGUGAUCAGUGUGGAAAGACUUUCACCGGGAGUAGCGGUUUAAAACAACAUCAGCUCAUCCACACUGGAUUUGAUCCAUUCAGCUGUGAUCAGUGUGGAAUGGCUUUUACUCAGAGUAGGAACUUAAAAAGACAUCAGCUCAUCCACACUGGAUUUGAUCGAUUCGGCUGUGAUCAGUGUGGAAUAUCUUUUACUCAGAAUGCCAACUUAAAAAGACAUCAGCUCAUCCACACUGGAUUUAAACCAUUCAGCUGUGAUGAGUGUGGAAUGGCUUUUACUCAGAGUAGGAACUUAAAAAGACAUCAGCUCAUCCACACUGGAUUUAAACCAUUCAGCUGUGAUCAGUGUGGAAAGACUUUCACCAGGAGUAGUGGUUUAAAACAACAUCAGCUUAUCCACACUGGAUUUAAACCAUUCAGCUGUGAUCAGUGUGGAAAGACUUUCACCUGGAGAAGCGGUUUAAAACAACAUCAGCUUAUCCACACUGGAUUUAAACCAUUCAGCUGUGAUCAGUGUGGAAUGGCUUUUACUCAGAGUGGCAGCUUAAAAAAACAUCAGCUCAUCCACACUGGAUUUAAACCAUUCAGCUGUGAUCAAUGUGGAAUGGCUUUUACACAGAGUGGCAGCUUAAAACAACAUCAGCUCAUCCACACUGGAUUUAAACCAUUCAGCUGUGAUCAGUGUGGAAAGACUUUCACUGGGAGUAGCGGUUUAAAACAACAUCAGCUCAUCCACACUGGAUUUAAACCAUUCAGCUGUGAUCAGUGUGGAAAGGCUUUCACUUCCAAACGUAACUUAAAAGGACAUCAGCUCAUCCACACUGGAUUUAAACCAUUCAGCGGGGGUCAGUGUGGAAUGGCAUUUGCACUCCAGAUAGAUUAAAAAAUCAUCAACUAAUCCACCCAAUUAUCCAUCCAUCUUCUUCCGCUUUAUCCGGGGCUAGAUCGCGGGGGCAGCAGCCUAAGCAGAGAAGCCCAGACCUUCCUCUUCCCAGCUAACUCCUCUAGCUUUUCCGGGGGAACACCAUGGUGUUCCCAGGCCACCCGAGAGAUAUAAUCUCCCCAGCGUGUUCUGAGUCUGCCUCGGGGCCUCCUCCCAGUGGGACAUGCCCGGAGCACCUCACUCAGGAGGCAUCCUUGUCAGAUGCCUGAAUCACCUCAACUGGCUCCUUUCGAUGUGGAGGAGCAGCAGCUCUGCGACUCUGAGCCCCUCCCGGAUGGCUGAAGGAGUAACAGAUGGAUUGAAGGUGGGGAUGGGAUUACAUUUAUUCUGAGCCCCUUCUUGUUUUCAUUAGCGACGGACAGACUGACAUACGAGGUCAGUUAAGAGUCUCUGUUGAAUAUCUUGUUUGCAGAUGACAUUGUAAUCUAUAGUAGGAAGAGGAAUCAGGUAUAAGAGAACCUGGAGAGGUGGAGGUAUGCUCUGGAGAGAAGAGGAAUGAAGGGAAGGGAAAUAACAUGCCUAUCUUAAGCUGGCAGCCAGCAUGUAGAAAGACUUUCUCUGAAUUGUUGAUAUUAGUUUCUUACAUUUUCUGAUUUUUAAUCAAGUAGUCUUUUCAGAAACUCCUGAUUGUGGUUUCAUAAAUGUAAUGGCCAUUUACUAGAAACCGAAAUUAAACCCAUGAUUAAGAGUGUUAAGGAAUAAACAGAUAUUCUUAGUGCUUAUUUUCUGAUUAUAUUGGUUUUUGUACUUUGUAGUAAGGUCUGUGAGGAAAACUAGGUCAGAGGGUGACUGGUCGCCUUGGCAACAGAGACUUCAGCAAGGAGAAGUUAAAAAACAGGAAGCUAGGGUAGAGCUUCAUAGGCAUAUUAAUAAAACACAGGAAACCAGACAGAAAAGCGGAACUAGUAACACAGAAGGAGUUGUUUAUAUCGAAACUAUGUGUGUCUGACGUAUAGCAGAGCUAUAAACAGAAUUUAAUAAGAGGCCACGAUGCACCAAAGGUUAGAAAUCUAUGCACGCAUCACAAAAGAAACUGUUCAUUGAAGAUCGAAUUGAGGAAAAGUUUGUCACGUUAAAGUCACGCAAAUGUUGAAUUUAUCUGUUCUGUGCAAACAUCUAUGUAAUCUUGCAGACCAAGCAUUAUUGUCAUCAUGUGAUCACAAAGAGAAUCAGAGCAUCUGAACAGAUUGCCUUCUAGGUCAAUCUGAAAGACCUGUUGCUUUUUAUUCAGCUGUUCAUCAUGAGAUAAUUAGUGAAGUCAAUGCAGCGCUGUUUCUCUAAGGUAGCUAUUUGAAAUGUGUUGAAAUGUGUUUUUUUUGGGAUGUGAGUGUAAACUAGGUCGCAGGCUGACAGGAAACUGCAUGCUUUUGCAAAGAUCCAAACUUAGAGUGUGUGACGUGCUGCGGAAAUAUAUAUAUAACCAUGUUGGCUGCUGCUGCUUUCAGACCUGAGUGUGUGUGUUCAUGUGUUCAGGUUUCCGUUCCCGGGAAUGUAAAAUAAAGAUCAUUUUUUGAGCUUUGA